AUGUUAGUGGGGGAACAGGAAGUUCCGGACAGAAGCGCACCAUUAUUCAGUGUAAAGAAAGCGCCAGAACGGUGCAGUCAAGAAGAUAACAUUCUUAUCCUUUUUUAUUUAUUACUACAGACUUCAGUCCAGGCAGAGUGGAUGCAGCAGAGAGAGACCAUUUCACGGUUGCACUACUAUUUUAAAGCUUAAUGUAAUGAGUCCAAACCUACAGUCACUGGGUCCUGAUUGUGACAGUGGAGCCCAGUUUGCUCUGCAGGAUCCAGAGAUGGCAACAGUGAAGCUGGAAGACUGCAGUCCAACACUGGAGCUGAAUGUCAACAUUAAAGAUGAAGAAGAGGAGGAGAAGAUUGGGACAUCUGUUACUCAUGGAGACCAGGUUGAGACAUUCUCUACAUCCAGAGAGAAACAGCAGGAAGAUCAUGGAGCUAAGAGGUCUCACCACUGCCCACAUUGUGAAGAGAUUUUCCCAAUUCUAUCAAAGCUAAAAAUACACCUAAAAAUACACACAGGAGAGAAUCUGUAUUCCUGUACUGACUGUGGGAAGAGAUUCACAACAUUAAGGGCUCUGACAGUUCAUCUGAGAGUGCACACUGGAGAGAAGCCUUACUCCUGCCCUCACUGUGGGAAGAGUUUCUCUCGACAGGGCCACUUAAAAAGACAUGAACAUAUACAUACAGGAGUGAAGCCUUACUCCUGCUCUGACUGUGUAAAAUGCUACACAACAUCAACUGAGCUAAAACUUCACCAGAGAGUGCACACUGUAGAGAAGCCUUACUCCUGCUCUGACUGUGGAAAGAGUUUCUCUCGACAGGGGUUUUUAAAAGCACAUGAAUUUAUACAUACAGGAGUGAAGCCUUAUUCCUGCUCUGACUGUGGGAAGAUGUUCUCUCAAUUGGGCAACUUAAAAACACAUGAACGUAUACAUACAGGAGUGAAGCCUUACGCCUGCUCUGACUGUGUAAAAUGCUUCGCAACAUCAACUGAGCAAAAAGUCCAUCAGAGAACACACACAGGAGAAAAGCCUUACUCCUGCUCUGACUGUGUAAAAUGCUUCACAACAUCAACUGAGCUAAAAGUCCACCAGAGAACACACACAGGUGAGAAGCCUUACUCCUGCUCUGACUGUGGAAAGAGUUUCUCUCAAUUGUGCCACUUAAAAAGACACCAAGGUAAACAUAAAGGAGAGAAGCCUUGCCACUGAUCUGACUGUUGAAUUUGUUUUAAACAGCUGAGCUAAAAGGUCAUCAGAGAACAGACACAGGAGAGAAGCCUUAGAACUCUUAAUUUUCCAAGAGUAACUCGAUUGAAAGUCAAAGUAUUUGGUUGUAAAUAUACCUUAGUAUCAAAAGUAAAAGUGAAUAAUUUAAAAUUCCUUAAAUUAACCUCUACGCGAUGGGUGUCCCUUAACCGGGAUGGUUGUUGCUAACUUCUCCAAUGUGACUAGAAUUAUGUUGUAUACAACAGACAGUUUUUCGGGGACAUAGACAUGUCUUUUAUAUAGGCAGAAAGCUUAAAUUCUUGUUAAUAUUCUGCAGUGUCCAAUUUAACAGUAACUAUUACAGUGACAAAAUACCUUGCUAUUUUUUGAGGACAACUUUUAUCAUGGCAACUGGUAUAAUACAUUCACCUCUGAAGGUCAAUAAUGUACUUGCAUUCGGUAAUCUUGCUCUGAUUUGUCAUCCUGAGGGUCCCAGAGAUAAAAUGUAGCAUAGUUUAAUUUGCUAAAAUCUAUUUUUAUGUUCAAAUGUAGGAACUGGGUUCUACAUUUUGAACCCCUGCGGUCUCUGGCACCACACCCACCCUGCCCAGCCAUCUAGUUGUGUAAGUUAGUGUAUAAGGUAAUGGUUCAUCAUGUAUGACAUUCCUGGCAGUGUGUAAACUUAAAUGUUUUAUUACCAUAGCAUUUGUUCUCUAUAGUUUUGUACUUAAUUGUAUCAAUUGACCAAUUCAGCACAACUCCUGGCAGACUUGAUGCAGUGCAGUAAUGUAAUUCUUUACUGGAUCAGUCAGAAACUCUGCACACUGUUGUUGUCUGGUGGCCAAAAUCUAAAUUACACCUAGACUCCUAUCUGAAAGUAUGUAUUUUCCUGUUAUUUUACCAGGUAAGUUGACUGAGAACACAUUCUCAUUUACAGCAACGACCUGAGGAAUAGUUACAGGGAAUGAAUGAGCCAAUUGUAAACUGGGGAUUAUUAGGUGACCAUGAUGGUUUGAGGGCCAGAUUGGGAAUUGAGCCAGGACACCAGGGUUAACACCCCUACUCCUAAGUGCCAUGGGCUCUUUAAUGAUCUCCGAGAGUCAGGACACCCAUUUUAAAGUCCCAUCCGAAAGACAGCACCCAACACAGGGCAGUGUCUGCUCUGGGGCAUUGGGAUGUUAUUUUAGACCAGAGGAAAGAGUGCCUCCUAUUGGCCCUCCAACACCACUUCCAGCAGCAUCUGGUCUCCCAUCCAGGGACUGACCAGGACCAACCCUGCUUAGCUUCAGAAGCAAGCCAGCAGUGGGAUGCAGGGUGGUAUGCUGCUGGCUAUAUGGCCUUUCUCUUGCAUUUCAAAGACGAAAAAGAAAAACACUUUUUUCUGUUUGUAUUAUAUUUGACCAGAUCUAAUGUGUUAUUCUCCUACGUUAAUUUCACAUUUCCACAAACUUCAAAUGGUAUCAAGAAUAUGCAUAUCCUUGCUUCAGGUGCUGAUCUACAAGCAGUUAGAUUUGGGUAUGUAUUUUUAGGCGAAAAUGAUUUUUUUUGUUUAAGUGUACAAUCCUUAAGAAGUUAAAUUAAGCAAACCAGACGGCACAAUUGUGUUUUAUUUUUUAUAUUACGGAUAACCAGGGGCACACCAUUUACAAGCAAAACAUUUGUGUUUAGUGAGUCUGCCAGAUCAGAGGCAGUAGGGAUGACCAGGGAUGAUAUCUUGAUAAGUGCGUGAAUUGGACCAUUUUCUGUCCUGCUAAUCAGAAAAAACGUAAAGAAUACUUUUGGGUGUCAGGGAAAAUGUUUGGAGUAAAAAGUAUUAUUUAGUGAAAUAAAAGUGAAAGUUGUCAAAUAUAAAUAGUAAAGUACAGAUACCCCCCAAAAACGACUUAAGUAGUUCUUCAAAUAAUGUUUAUUUAAGUACUUUACACCACUGCAUGCAUCCAUGCCGUGUGUCAGCGUUACAGGCUGGUGGUGUGAUGGCUGGGGUGUGUUUUCAGGGCACACAUUGGGCCCCUUGAUAAAGGUUGAGUAAUGGUUGAGUAAUGUUUGAACACAUCAUUGUCAAUCAGGUGCCUCCCUUCAUGGCAGCAGUGUAUCCAUCUGCAAAUGGAUUCUUUCAGCAGGAUUAUGUCUUAUGCCACAAGGUUUGUCCAGGAAUGGUUCCAAGAACAUUACUUCUUUGUCCAUUUGUGGGAGGAGAUGGAACGAGCUAUUCGGAGUAGAUCCAUUCGCAGCCAACUUGACACAAUUGUGGGAAGCAUUGGAGUCGAUAUGGACCAGCAUCCCUUUGGAACGCACACAACACCUUGGACAGUCUAUGCCCCAACGAUUUGAGGCUGUUCUGGGGGCAAAGGGGGGUGCAACUCAAUAUUAGGAAGGUGUUUCAAACAUUUUGUACUAGGGAUGCACCGACAUGGCAUUUUUGGCCAAUACGAUAUCCAAUAUUUUCCUUGCCAAAAGAACGAUACCGAUAUUUAAAAGGUUAGCGGCCUGUUAAGCAUUUUAGCACAGUUAAAUAGUUAACACACACUCACACGGAUGCAGCGGUCUGCAAGAGGUGUCACUACAGUCCCUGGUUUGAAUCCUGGCUGUAUCAAAUCCGGAUGUGAUUGAGAGGCCCAUAGGGCCGGGCACAAUUGGCCCAGUGUUGUCCGGGGUAGGCCGUCCUUGUAAAUAAGCAUUUUGUUCUUAACCGAUUUGCCUAGUUAAGUAAAGGUUACACACACCAUACCACACCACACGACCAAAAAGUUAUUUUGUUGGCAUUUACAUAUGUCCCCAUUACCAGUAAAACAUCAUCAAAACCUAUUUCUUUCACUUACUCACUGUGCUGUUUCGUUGUUCAGUCGUUUCAUUCUGAACCAGGAUUUCAUCAUACAUGUCAAGCAGUGAAGUUUCAGCUCUGUCUGUCCGUAGUCUCUCUUCCUCAUGUGCUCUUUCACUGUGUCCGUUUCCAUCUUGUCCAGCUGUUUAUGUAACAUGUCACGUAAACCCUGUUACUUGUCUGCAUCGAAGUAGUGGUCCUUGUACCGAGCAUCGAGUAUGAUGACCUCACAGUAAAGAGACUCAGAGAGAAUGCCAUCAAAUCGCUUGUUCACAGCAUCAAGUACUUUUGUUAGUUAAACCCACGGUCUGUGUCGGGCAGUUUUGUUGAGCAGGGGUUUCAAUGCCAUGACAGAGGGUAUCAUUUCUGCUGCAGUGGCAAUAGGGCUUUCCUCAGUACGAAAUCCUCAUCGACCCACUGUGCUGUCAGACUCAGUACGCUCAUGGGGCUGACAUCGCUGGUCCAAGCAGUGACACCCAUAGAUGUGCGUUUUAACAAUUCUGUGUAACUCCGAUAGGGCACCAUAUGAAAAAUACUGCGUUCUGGGGAUUGACCAUUCGGCGAAAGCCAACGUCAUCCAGGACAGAGGACGGUUGAUUGUCAAGGGCAAUGAAUUCCAUUAUCUUGGCGUUAACGGAUUUCGUCUUUGAGUUGUCUUGCUGAAAUUUUCUUACUCUUUCAAAUGACUGCUUGACUUGAACUUGUUUAGUUGUUGGAAGUGUGCGCUUAGUAUUUUUCUGCUUUUGUUCUGAGUCGUGCUGUAUUUUUUUGUGGCGUCAUUACGUCAUCUACCUACGUUAUAUAGGUAUGCAUGUCUACUUUGACACAUUACUUUCACAUCCGCAUUAAAUCGGGCCGAUGUUGGCAUG